UUCCCUCCGACUUGGAACGACAAGCAUCCGACAAAUUAUGGACUCAAACUCAGAUGAAUCACAUCUACGGCUAGUCCCGUAUGCGAUGCCCUCGCGUCGGAGGAAUGAGUACCGGUUCGAUAUCUGGGCUGCAGCGGUGGGCAUACCGAUCGUGUUUCUCACUUGCAUGUUGGCGUUCUUCUCGAUUCCCCCGAAGCACGAUACUGAGAAACCAUGGGCGAUGGCUUUCGUCGUCGAUAGAUGCCUCGGUACGGAGGAUGUAACUUUCAAACCGACUUCGAAAUGCCCGGCCCUCAUACGAAGCUCCUUGUCGAUGCUCAAUGAAGCCAUCGAGGGAUAUCUGCACGUGUCGAAGCUGCCACCCGACGAGAGGCUCGUCAAGGAAGCCGAAAUGCACAAAGCAUUCAUUUCAGCCAAGGACUCGGCAAUCAAGAAAGACAUCGAUUCGGAGCGGGAGGUUCGCACCGGAGACGGGAAUUUGGACCGCGAAGAGUGCCUCAGUCUGAAAGAGGUAGCGACAGCUCUUGCCAUGGACGAGGGAGAAGUCCUCCAGAGGAUCAACAGACUAAGAGCUUAGUUAGUCGGGAAAAGUCUGCGGGGAAUAUCUGCAUUUCGGGGAAAAUCGGAAGUUCCGAAAUAGGGCCAUUUCUAUACAUACGAAUUCAUCGAGUUCGACCCCGUCCUUGUUUUGAUAAGUUUGUCGGCUCUCGAAACUUUGAGCCGUACGUUGAUUCGAGCCUUCCCAGUGAAAGAAGUGAGUUUAAUUGUGUGAUACCCUUCUGUACAGGAAUAGUUCGCGCUUGAGUAGGUAUUCCUUUCAUUGCCUAUUAUUUAACUAACUAAUUAGGCUAUCCUAGUAGUCUCGGGAUUCCCACUACUGACCACAAUAAAUGUAUUAGUGAUGUAUCACACAA